AUGUCGGACGAAAACAGUGUGACUUCGGUUAGCAAUGAAAAGCAUUGCAAAAAGUGCAAUCGUGCGGAUACCGAUGAUGAUAUGGUGUGUUGCGAUGUGUGCGAAUCGUGGAUACACUUUCAGUGCGCGGGUGUCAGCGAGUCUAUUGCGCAGCCGGAAAGAAGUUUCAAGUGCAACAAUUGCCUGACAGACUGGGAGGGUGGUGCAUCGAAGUCGGGUGUAUCAUUCAACGAGUCGUCCGUCAGUAAGAGCAGUCGAGUUUCGCAGAGAUUGCAGCUCAGCCUUCAACUCCUUGAGGAUGAACGGAAGCUGAGGAAGAAACGUGCGGAAGAAGAAAAGAGGAUCCGUAAACUGGAAGAAGAGGCCAAGCUGAAGGAAAUCGACGAAGAACAGGAGUACUUGAGGCAGAAAUACGAGUUGAUGAUGCAGAUUGUAGAAGAGAAGGAUUCUUCAAGUAGGAGAAGCGGAGUCAGUGUGAAAAGUAGGCGCGAACAGCUGGAAAAAUGGCUUAAAAAGGGAGCCCAACUGGACGGAGUUGGACAGUCGAAGCCCACAACGUCUGGACAGAAAGCUACCCUGUCAGUCCCAGCUGUUAGCAAGGAAAAUCCCGGGAUCGUGGUACCAUUACCAAUGCAUUCAACUUCAAGCAGCCUUGUUUCGUUGAAUCUUGGAGUACUUUAUCCGGAUCCGACCAUUCCUGUUCCCAGUGGGAACGUUACCGCUCUGGCGAAGUCUUACGAGUCGAAUGUCGUACCGAUACCAGGAAGCGCAUCAUCUCAUCUACCCACGAUUGCUGCUGUUCCAUUAACGACGGUCGUGACAGCUGGUGGAAGUUUCGUCACUUCGGUGGCCGCGGCGCCGGCGUUUACUUCGUCGAUAGUAUCGACUGUACCGAUGAUUCCAAAAGCGACUCGGUCUGGCGUUCCACUCGUAUGUGACGGCUUCGCACCGGUCUAUUCGUGCCCGGAAAUGAAAGGCAUGCUUUCGAGUGCAGCCGGGGUUAUUCCGUCGAUACCGUAUAGUUCGAGUGACCUCAUUAGAAAUCCACAACAUUAUCUGGGUGCUGCCACAGUCGCAUCGUUGCCACAGUUGCCGAUUUCGACUUCGUUUCAACCAGUACCUCUCGUUUCCGUGAAUCCGCCUGUUUCGUCAACGGUUGGUUCGUUCCAGUAUCCUCCUUUUUCCAAUGGAGCAAUGCCCAUAAAUCCUCCGUUGUUACCAACUACAACCACCGCAAGUCUGGGACCGGGGAUUCCAAACUAUUCGAACGUUUACUCCGGAUACUCAGUGCCGUUUCCGUACCCACCAUCAAGUUGUCCAUAUCCCGUCAUAGGACCGGAAAUACCGCCCUCGGUAAUACCAACAUCGUUGUGCUACGGGAAUAUGAACCCUCCGCCAGUCAGUUUGGGACCGACCAGUGCCCAAUUGGCAGCUCGGCAAGUAAUGCCACGCGAGUUGCCGAAGUUCGGCGGGGAUCCCCAGGAAUGGCCUAUGUUCUACAGUUCCUUCAAAAACACGACGGAGGUCUGCGGGUACACGGACGCCGAGAAUCUGGCCAGAUUGCAACGUAGCUUGGGAGGUUCCGCACUUGAGGCAGUUAGAAGUCGUCUACUCCUGCCAGCAUCCGUCCCGUACGUGAUGGAAACGUUGCAUAAGCUAUACGGAAGGCCAGAGAUCCUGAUUAGUUCUCUUCUGAAGAAGGUGAGAAACGUUCCGCCGCCGAAGUAUGAUAACUUGAACACCAUCGUCGCGUACGGGUUGGUGAUUCAAAAUCUCGUCGAUCAUAUCAUCCUGGCUGAUCAGCAAGCACAUUUAUCAAAUCCAAUGCUGCUACAAGAGUUGGUCGACAAAUUACCCACCUCGCUGAAGAUGCAGUGGGGUACGUUCAAACAAUCGUCAGCGAACGUCAACCUAGCGACAUUCAACAACUUCAUGUCGGGACUAGUGAACCUUGCUGCCGAGCUAAGCAUCGACGUGGAAUCCGCCCAAAACUACCACAAACACCAAAAAGUGGAAAAGUCGAAGCAAAAGGAAAAGCUUUUCACUCACGCGAACGUGUCGCCAAGCGUAUCGAAGAAGGAGAGUGCAAGCGGCGAAUGUACGUCAAAAGCGUGUUCGUAUUGUGAGAAAGAUGGUCAUCAGAUCCUAAACUGUUACAGUUUCAAAGAGUUGGACAUCGGAGGCCGAUGGAAGGCAAUGCGGCAGAAGAACUUGUGCCGAUUGUGCUUGAUACCGCAUCGUAAAUGGCCGUGUCGCUCGAAAAAGGAAUGCGGAGUGGAUAGUUGCCGAGUUCGACAUCAUAUGCUGCUGCACAGUAGCCGCAAUGAUACUACUGAUGGUCCAAGGUCUGGCGAGACUGUUCAUCAAAAUCAUCACCACACGAAAUCCUUUUCGCUGUUCCGCUAUUUGCCAGUUACGCUGUACGGAGAGGGGAAACAAGUUGAAACUUUCGUGUUCCUGGAUGACGGAUCAUCAUCGACGCUACUCGAGGAGGAAAUCGCUGCACAGUUGGGCAUAGAGGGUGAACCCGAUAACUUGUGGCUGAGUUGGACCGGCAAGAUCAGUAGACAGGAGAAGACUUCCAAGAGAAUAAGCGUGAAGAUAUCCGGAGCUCGGAAGAAGGAAACAUUCCAACUGGGCAACGUGCGAACGGUGCGCGAGCUAGGGCUUCCAAGUCAAACGUUGGACUAUUUAGAGCUGUCGAAUACGUUCCCGCAUCUUGAAGGUCUUCCCGUGGCUAGCUAUGUCAACGCUAAGCCUGGCAUGAUCAUCGGGCUGGAACACGUACGGUUGCUCACUAGCUUGAAGACUCGUGAAGGCAGCAGCAGCGAACCAGUUGCAACCAAAACUCGUCUAGGUUGGUGCGUAUACGGGAGGAAUUCUGGAACUGAAGGAUCAGUUGAGCAGCUGCACAUCCAUGCCUGUGAAGACAUUAGCAACCGCGAAUUACACGAUUCGAUGCGAAAGUUCUUCGCAGUAGAAGAUGCCGUUUUGAUGCAGCAGCUCGAAUCCGAGGAGGACAAACGAGCACGCAGCAUUCUGGAAGCGACAACGGUACGGAGAGGAACUCGUAUGGAGGCGGGUUUGCUUUGGAGAAAGGACAACGUGAACUUUCCGGGCAGCUACCAAAUGGCGAUCAGUAGGUUGAGAGGACUGGAAAAACGGUUGGCAAAGGAUCCGGAGUUGCGUAGAAAGGUGAACGAGCAAAUCGAGAGUUACGAGCAGAAGCAGUACGUUCGCAAGGUAACAGUGGAAGAGGUUGCGAAUGCGAACCCUCAGCGUGUGUGGUACCUUCCGUUAGGGGUGGUGACCAAUCCUAAGAAACCCAACAAAAUUCGAAUGGUGUGGGAUGCCGCCGCGAAGGCUGGUGGAGUUUCAUUCAACGACAUGCUUCUCAAGGGGCCGGAUCUUCUCGUAUCACUCGUGGAAGUUUUGUUACGAUUCAGGGAAGGCAAGAUUGCGGUGUGCUCCGAUAUCCGCGAAAUGUUCCUGAGAAUCCUGAUUAGGGAGGCAGACAAGUGGUCGCAGUGUUUCUUAUGGCGUAGCAGUCCAGAGGAUGAAGUGCAGGUCUACGUGAUCAACGUAGCGAUGUUCGGUGCAACCAGCUCUCCAUGCACGGCGCAGUUCGUUAAAAACAAAAACGCUCUCGACUACGUGGAACUAUAUCCCAGAGCAGUAGAUGCGAUCAUCAAUAACCACUACGUGGAUGACUUUCUCGACAGUGUCAACUCGGUGGAGGAAGCAGUACAGCUUGUCAACCAAGUACAGCUUAUUCACGCAGCAGCAGGUUUCGAAUUCGGCAAAAUCCUGUCCAACUCGCAGGAGGUGCUCAAUCGUCUAGGGGAGACUGGAUCGACAGCCAGCAAGUCGCUGAGCCUCGACAAGAAUGAAAUUUACGAACGCGUCUUGGGUGUCGUGUGGAUACCUUCAGCGGAUCAUUUCACCUUCGAUCAGACAGGGCUCAAAGAAGUCUUGGGUAGUAACGGACCGAUUCCAACGAAGAGGCAAGUACUGCGGACCGUGAUGAAAGUGUAUGAUCCUUUGGGAUUCGUGGCGCACUUCGUUGUGCAGGGAAAAAUCCUGAUGCAAGAGAUUUGGAGAACGGGUACUGACUGGGAUGAGCCCAUAGCAGAACAACUGUACGAACUAUGGAGUAGAUGGAUCGAGCUGUAUGAGAUGAUCGACGAGGUGAAAGUUCCGCGCUGCUUUUUCGGAAGUCUUCUGCCACAGGAGGUGGACGAAAUCGAGGUCCACGUGUUCAAGGAUGCAAGCGUAGCGGCAUGUGCGUGUGUCGCUUACCUGAGAAUGAUGUUCAGCGGAGGUAGCUGGUGUUCGUUGGUAGCAGCAAAAACAAAAGUUACGCCACUUCGGACGCUCUCAAUUCCACGCUUGGAGCUUCAGGCUGCCAUGAUGGGAUCCCGCUUAUUGCAAAACGUGUGUUCGGCGCUAACCCUCAACAUUCGAAAACGGUUCCUUUGGACGGAUUCAGCGACAGUUUUGGCGUGGCUGCGCUCGGAUAGCCGUCGGUACCACCAGUUCGUCGCUUUUCGGAUGGGCGAGAUUCUUUCGCUCACAAGCGUUGAUGAAUGGCACUACGUACCGUCGAAGCUCAACGUGGCAGAUGACGCCACCAAGUGGAAUUCGGGACCAUCGUUUGAUCCAGAAAACCGUUGGUUUCAAGGUCCAUCGUUUCUACGAGAUCCAAAAGGGCAGUGGCCUAAGCAAUCAGCAGAAGUAAGCGAAGCAGACGCGGCAAGCGAAGAACUUCGAAUGGUAGCGGUACACCAAACGACGGUGGAGAUAGUUGAUGCUGAACGUUUUUCAAGCUGGAAUCGUUUAGUCCGUACGAUGGCCUACGUUCACAGGGCGCUACGGUUCUGGAAGCGCACGCUGAGUGAUGCACAAUGGCGACAAGGUCCAGACCAAGAGGAUUUCGAGAAGGCGGAGGAGACACUUUGGCGACAGGCCCAAGCGCAGGCGUAUUCGGAGGAGCUUCACGAGCUGAGCAAGGGUCGCAGCGUUCGGAAACAAAGCUCACUGCAAUCGUUGAUUCCAUUCAUCGAUGAUCACGGAGUCAUUCGGGUAGGAGGUCGGAUUGGAAACGCGCCGCACAUUGCAUACACGGCAAAGUAUCCCGUAAUAUUGCCAAGGGAUCAUCGUAUCACCUUCCUUCUGGUGGAUUCUUUCCACCGGCGGUUCCUUCACGCCAACGGAGAAACAGUCUUAAAUGAACUACGGCAAGGGUUCUACAUACCGAAGCUUCGGACUCUCGUACGUAAAGUCAGCAGAGCUUGUCAACACUGUAAAGUGCUGAAAGCUGCUCCGGUGCCACCGCAGAUGGGACCACUGCCAAAGGUACGGUUGACACCAUUCGUUCGGCCGUUUACUUACGUCGGUGUCGAUUAUAUGGGACCUUUCGAAGUCAAAGUCGGACGCAGCGUGGUGAAGAGGUGGAUUUGCCUGUUCACCUGUCUCACAGUGAGGGCGGUUCACCUGGAGCUGGCACACAGCCUUUCAACGACUUCCUGCGUGAUGGCCUUCAGGAGAUUCGUGGCCCGGCGGGGCGCACCGUUGGAAGUCUUUUCCGAUAACGGCACGAACUUCGUAGGAGCGAAUCGCCAGUUGUCUGAAGAGAAGCAGAAGAUCCAGGACAUCGUCGAGGACUGCGCUGCUACAUUCACCAACGCGAACACCCAGUGGCAUUUCAACGUUCCAGCGGCUCCGCACAUGGGAGGACCAUGGGAGCGUAUGGUCAAGUCCGUAAAGGUAGCGAUGAAGGCAGUAUCGGAUAGUCCGCGUCAUCCAAGCGAUGAGGUGUUGGAAACGAUCAUGUUGGAGGCUGAAGCGAUCGUCAACUCGCGACCGCUGACCUACGUUCCCUUGGAGGCAGCAGACGAAGAGGCACUCACGCCAAACCACUUUCUGCUGUAUGGGUCAACCGGUAUCAAGCAACCAGCAACCGAACCUGUGAACGGUAACAUCCUUCGAGACAGCUGGAAGCUUGCGCAGCACAUCGUGGACGAAUUCUGGCGCAGAUGGGUUCGAGAAUACCUCCCGAUGCUAACGAGGCGUACGAAAUGGUUCGAUGCAGUGAAGCCGCUGGAACCUGGCGAUCUAGUCGUGAUAGUCGACGAAAAUUCGAAGAAUCAUUGGGAGCGAGGACGUAUUUGUGAGACCUUUCCGGACAAAUCUGGGCAGGUGAGGCGUGCUACGGUACAGACAGCUAGAGGAGUGUUCGCUAGACCUGCGGUGAAGCUGGCGGUUCUGGACGUGGCAAGCAACGACAGGAGUACGGAAGCAGUCGCUCCGGAAACGGAAGUGGUUCACGGGUUGGGGGAUGUCGCCGAUACCCCUCGACGCGGCGAAUUGUGGGUGAACCAACUGACCGAACCCUCGCGAGCGAAACGCCAGUGCCGGGCGAAGCGAAUGACAGAUCGAAUGUAA